AUGACGUUCCGCGAGAAGGUCAAGCGGGUGUUCCGCUCAUCCAAAUCUGACACCUCCAAGCCCAAAAUUGAAUAUUACCGCCGCCACGAGUGUCCCCCUUCAAAAUUCAAGGGCCCCUUCGAUCGUGACCACCAGAAACGCCUCGCUGCCUGGUCCUUUGAGGGUGCCACCGUGGAGAAGGAUCGUACAUUUGAAUUAUCCUUGUCGCCGUGCGCCACUUACGAUGUCCCUGGUUCCCCCUCUGACUCGGUUUCACCCGAAUCUAUACAUUCAGUCGAUCCAGUUGAUUCGGUCGAUCCAGUUGAUCCAGUCUCCGAGGAAUCCGAACCUGAAUCAUCUCCUCGUGCCGACGACUCUGGCUCCCAGUCUUCCACCGUCCUCAAUCCCUCCAGCUACAGUGGCUCGAUGAGAACCCUGCUCAACGAGAACUCGAUCUACGAGGUUCCAGGGGAUAUUAAAGACCCCAAAGCCUACCUGAAAGAGACUGUGCGCUACACCUCCCCGUGUAUCCUCUCCGCCCGGAAACAAGUCCCUUUCAACCCGGAGGAUCUCACCCGCGCCUUGAUUGCCGUCCAGGUCUGCGCUUGA